AUCGUGAAUAUAGGCGAUAUUCUUAGAUCGCAGUUAUAUAGCUAAGCGUAGAGGUCGCUUCUUAAAAAUUCUACUCAACAUUUGGCGUCUGGCGAUGCAUUAUUUUACCUGCGAACGACGUAAAAAGCAACGAUCUGAUAGAACAAACAUCCAUUUCUAAGGGUAACAACACGUUGUCGACCACUGUCAUCAUUCUUGAUUAGCCCGAAUGUCCUGAUUCCGUUUUCGGCAACAAAUAUCAUACGGUUAAAAUCGAGUUCAUCCUAUGAAUUUUUUGCGACCAAGAUCUAUAUCGGGAGCGCUUGCAGAUUGCCGCGGUCUGUUCAUGAAGGACUAGCACGCGAAUACAGUCAUCGACCCUCUUCAGUAUAAGCGCGUUAUACAAUACUAUCAAACUGACCUACAGCAACGUUUUAUUCAAUAUAGACCUCAAUGCGGCACGGCCUGGUGCACAAUACUUGCCUAUCUAUGAAAAAGUCAACUUACUUUUGCUCUAAAUAUUAUUUACGUUCCAAGAUUUUUUUAGAUACACAUGCGCGCGCGUGUACAACGGGUCACGUCCGCGCGCGCGCGCACGUUCGCACAACCCCACGGUGGCACAGCGCUGUUGGGUGAUAUGGCAAGGGCGUCGCGGGGUGUACGCUUAUCGAAGGAACACGCUCGUGCUUUCACCUACAUAGCCUAGGACGCAUGUGUCUGUUACUUUCCACGGCUUACCACAUGUUGCGCUUCAGUACGAGGGGCGCAAGUCAGCCAGGAGCCCGGGCCAUCAGGAUAAGGGGGAUCUCUCCCCUCGGCUCGGUCAGUUACGCGAUCACCAGCGAACAAUUCGCGCGGUCGGUGCGCGCCCCGAGUUUCUCAUCAUCACGGUGUCGAUCCAGUGCUGCAUCGAAUGCACCGAACUGACGAAUGAACGUGAUCGGCCCUUAAUCCCGGAGCGAAAGGACAGUGGAGAGGGAUCAGUGAUAUAAGCGAUCGACACGGUUCUCGUGCGGCGGGACGACCACAAUGCCGGUUCGGAAAGGCCUCCUCGCUCCGCAAAAUACUUUCCUGGAUACUAUCGCGACUCGUUUCGAUGGAACACAUAGCAACUUUGUACUGGGAAAUGCGCAAGUUCCAACGAUGUAUCCGAUCGUUUAUUGCUCCGAUGGAUUCUGCGAACUUACAGGGUUUGCGCGAGCGCAAAUCAUGCAGAAAGGCUGUGCUUGUAAAUUUCUCUAUGGGCCGGAAACGAAGGAGGAAGAAAAAGCCAUGAUCGACAAGAGCCUCGAGAGCAAGACGGAAUUAAAAAUGGAAGUUGUCUUCUACAAGAAGAACGGAAGUCCAUUUCAUUGCCUACUCGACAUUGUCCCGAUAAAAAAUGAAAAGGGUGACGUCGUCUUGUUCUUGGCCUCGCACAAAGACAUCACGCAUACGAAGAACCUUCAGCUCUGUGAGUUGCACGAUAGUGACUCGAAUGGCAUUGUCGACCCUGAGGCACCGCCUUCCAAUUACGAUAGAAGAAGAAGUCGCGCCGUCCUUUAUCAACUGUCGGGCCACUACAAGCAGGACAAUAAGCACAAAAUUAAGCUAAACAAUACACUACUACACUCCACUGCAGCGCCUUUACCGGAAUACAAAACGUCAGCGAUCAAAAAGUCGCAAUUUAUUCUUAGUCAUUACGGCGGUUUCAAAUCCUGCUGGGAUUGGUUGAUUCUCAUUGCAACCUUUUACGUGGCAAUAGUUGUUCCUUAUAACGCGAGCUUCAUUAACAUCGAUAGGCCUACCAUGGUCAGUGAUGUUGUCGUCGAAGCGCUCUUCGUUAUUGAUAUCAUUUUGAACUUCAGAACGACAUAUGUGAGCAGAAAGGGUGAAGUCGUCAGCAAUAGCAAAAGCAUCGCCGUAAACUACGUGAAAGGCUGGUUCUUAGUUGACCUUGUAGCAGCGUUGCCGUUUGAUCUUCUUCUUUCUUCUUCAGAUGUUUACAGCGGUGAGGAGUCAGUACACAGUAACAUCCAUUUAGUGAAACUCACAAGAUUACUGAGACUCGCGCGCCUAUUACAAAAGAUGGAUAGAUAUUCGCAAUAUAGCGCGGUAAUUCUAACAAUGCUCAUGCUUUUUUUCAUUUUGGUGGCACAUUGGUUGGCUUGCAUUUGGUAUGUGAUCGCCGAGAAGGAGAGGUUGCGAAACGAUAAGGAUUGGGAGUUAGGCUGGAUACAUAGCCUGGCUGAAAAAUUGAAAAUAUCUGUACAGAACGUUACGCAUACAGAAAGCUACAUAACGGCAUUAUAUUUUACUUGUAGCAGUCUGACUUCCGUAGGAUUCGGAAAUGUUUCGGCAAAUACAUUUUCAGAAAAAUUCUUUUCUAUUUGCACAAUGUUGAUCGGUGCUCUUAUGCAUGCGGUGGUAUUCGGUAAUGUUACUGCAAUUAUUCAAAGAAUGUACUCUAGAAGAUCUCUAUAUCAAACAAAGUUACGAGAUCUUAAGGACUUUCUAGUCCUACAUCAAAUUCCAGAGGAACUCAAUGGGCGAAUGCAGGACUAUUUUCAAACUAUGUGGUCGUUAAAUCACGGCAUUGAUAUACACGAGACUCUUAAACAAUUUCCCGAAGAAUUGCGGGGAGACGUUUCAAUGCAUCUUCAUCGAGAAAUUUUGAGCUUGCCAAUAUUUGAAACGGCUUCUCAGGGAUGUCUAAAGUUACUCUCGCUACAUAUCAGAAACAACUUUUGCGCCCCCGGCGAAUUUCUUAUGCACAAAGGCGAUGCAUUGUCAUACAUCUAUUAUCUGUGUAACGGAUCUAUGGAGGUCGUACAAAAUGAUAUGGUUGUCGCAAUUUUAGGGAAGGGUGAUUUAGUGGGUUGCGAUAUAAAUGUUCACCUACAACACGGGAACAACGGCGGUGGUACGACUGGGUCUGGCUCAAUUGAUGUCAUAGUAAAAUCCAGCUGCGACGUUAAAGCGCUAACAUAUUGCGAUUUGAAGUGCAUACACAUACAGGGUUUAGUCGAAGUUCUCCGACUCUACCCCGAGUAUCAACACGAGUUUGCGCAUGAUAUACAACACGAUCUUACUUACAAUUUGCGCGAAGGAUACGAAGCGGAGCAGGAGUCCGAUGUAAACGGCCCGUCACUGACACUGCCCUCCAUCAGCGAGGACGACGAGAACGCAGUCGAGGAGGGCGAAACUUCUCCCCUAUCACCCCCGAACAAAUCACCACUUCAUUCAUCUUCGAGCCCGCGGCAUGCCAAGUUCAGGGAGGAUUACAGAGAUGGGAGACGCGCCGGAAGGGGAGUCCUGGUGCGAGGUGGAAGAACAGCGCAAGUAAUCGCGCAGGAAUCCAUGGAGGAGCACAUUCGUGGAUCGGUCGAGAAACUCGAUAAUCAAUUUUCCACGCUGCAUCAAGAUGUGGCAACGCUUAGUUGCGAGGUGCGCAAUGCCAUUCAGGCGUUGCAAAUGCUCGCCUGCUUGCCGCAAAGUAAUCCAAAUCUGCCGACUCCGGCGGCGGGUCGCGGCAGCGGAGUGCUCGCGAGGAGCUCGUCUCAUCCGCCAGACGCGAUUUGCUGGAAUCCGCCGGCAAGAUUGAUCGAUGUUUCGACGCAGACGGAUUGGCCGGUCGAUCUAUUCGAGACUUGGGCGCGCGCGAAUCCUCACAGAGUUUUGAAAGCCCUCGGUCUCGAUCCGAACAUCGUUCUCAGGCUAUCUCCGCCAUCGCCUACGCCGUCGCCAUCCUCGCCCCCGCCGCCGCCCUACGAGCCGCUAUCACCCUUGGCAAGCUCGCCGCAGCAAUCACCCUCGCGAUCUCUGACGACAGGUAAUUACGUUCCAAGCGUUAUACAGAGAACAAGGGACUUUCAUUAAUGCGCUAGGGACCGUUCAUAGACAGAAGGAAAAUUGAGAGGGUGCAACGAGGCCAUAGGUUCGUCGACAUAACGGCUUAAUGUAAAAAAAAAAGUUUUUACUUUAGUUCGAAAGACGGAUAGUCUCUCGGGCAGGAUACACAUAACGCGGAGGAAGGAAAAAAGUGCUUCUUAUGGAAUAAAUGUACAUGCGUUUUUCCUCACGAACGAAAUAUUCCGAUAUCUAUCACGGGAGAGACACGUCUAUCUUAUCACAGAGGGACUAGUCGCAAUUCUGCAAACAUUUCAGCCCUCUCGCAAUGAAAAUAUUUUUUUGAGAGGAAAAUACUCCCUUGUGAAAUGAGUUUUCCCACUACGGAGAAGUACAUUUUUUUUCUAUGAAGGAGAGAUAUAUCUUGUUGCGGAGGUUGUGUAUCUGCUCGUACAUUUCCACAAGAAGUGCCUUCGUAAAGGAUUACGUGGUGGUGUGGACUUGAACUUCCAUAGGGACGCUAUGCAAAGGGACACCUUUCACCUUAGCCACCUACACGGAAUUAUUCCCUUGCGAGUUACAAGUUACUCACAUACGGUAUGGCGAAUAAUUAAUGAGACUGAAUCUUAAACUUUAUUGUGUGGACGCCAUCCAUUUUGGCAGCUGCUUAAUGUUAAAUGACAUAUAUAAUAUAAUUUUGUAGAUAGUCCGUACGUAUAAAUUUAACUCAUGCUCAUGUAAGCGCGUAGUUUAAAGAAAAUACCGGUCUUCGCUAUUGCAAUUAAGUUGCAUGUCUUCACUAAAAGAGGCCUAAGAGACGCAGCUCCAUCACGCGAAGCAGUUCCAUAAGAUAUCACGAGUUUAUCCAAGCCGUUUAUCCAAGAGUUUAGGCUAACGAUAAUGUGUACAGCACAUUUUAAUGUAUAUUAUCGACGUCCAAUGUAGUGAGAAUAUUCGUAGUACUCGUUAAGAUAUAGAUAGUGACGAUGCGUGUCGUCGCAGAAGAAACGACAGACGCGGGAAUGACUUAGCGCUGUUACGACAUGAAAUAACUUUAAGUCUACUUAUUGGAGAUGUAUGUCUAAUACAAGCUGUGUCACGAGAAUCUAUAUCUAUUUAUUCGGAUUAAUCGGACAUGUAUAUAAAGAAAAUGACUUGAAAAUAUGUGAAUAUAUGUGAAUAUAUUAAAAAUACGUGAUAAGGCACGGCUUUGGCCAUGCACGAUUACAUUAGUUCGAAUACUUCCAUCGUUAUUUGUGAAAAAUUCGACAUGUCGCAAAAAUAUUUCAAUCUCUUUCUUGAGAUGCGCCCUCAUCCAAUCGUUUUUACAAUCACUGACGAUCGAAUAUCUAAUAGAAAGUAUGCACUUUGUGUCUUUUUUUCGUUUGUUCGAUUAAUUAUAAAAAGCUGUCGCCGAAAGAGAGAGAGAGAAAGAGAGAGAGCAAAAAUUGUAGAGUAUCGAAAGAAUCUAUAGAAUUAAUUCUUUGAAAUUAAUUCUUUGAAAUUUUUCUUAGAUGUGUUGUCGUUGUAAAACGUGAAACAUUUUUAUAAAUAUCGUUGGAAGAAGGUGUUUUAUAAAUAUUUCAUAUAUUUUGUUAUACUGUUUCUAUAUACUCUUCACAUUGUAAUUCAAACUAAGCAUAUUAUAACAUUAUCUGCCACUCCUCACAACUUUUACCACUUUUUACACUUCUACACAGAAUUGCGAAGCAAAUAGCGUAACUCUCUUUUAUCGUAAUAAGAUCGAUAAGUACAAAUAUAAUAAAACAAUUUUCUUUCUAAA